UGGGGAAGGGGCGCGUUGCUAUGGCGACGGCUGGAGGCCGCCGAGCGGAGCGGGAUGCCCACCAGCAUCCCGGCACCCCGCAGCCGGUACCGCACGAAGGCUCAGAGCUCCACAGCGGAGGAUGAGCUGCUGUUCGGGAAGAAGCAGCCGUCGCGCCCCGACAGCCCCAUUGUGCUCCUUAGGGAUGUGAGGACAGCUCCCAAAGCGCUGUCCCUCAGCAGGUACAAGCCCAAGACCACCCUCAUCAUCACCAAGGACUUCAUCCGGGAGCUCAUCACCCCCAGGGAGAAGCCCCCAGCAUCCCUCAUCAUGGCUCCCGAGGACUUCCAGCGCAUUAAAGCAGCAGCUCAAGUGCUGAGCAAGGAGGAGCGGGAGGCCAGACUGGCAGCCCUCAAAGCAGCCAAGGAGGCCGCUCUCGAGGCAUCAAACCAGCGCAAGGCAGCAGCAGAGCAGGCAGCAGUGGAGCAGAAGCAGACAGGGAAGCUGGAGGAGCUGGAAGAGGCAGCAAAGGAGCAGGCCCAGCACGUGCUGCAGAGGGCAAACAGGAUGCGCAUGGAGCAGCAGGAUGAGAUCAAGGAGUUCAGUGAGCUGCUCCUCGGUGCCAAGUGCCACAUGAUCCGCGACGCACAGAUCCUGGAGAAACGGCUCAUUGCCAAGGAGCUGGAUGAGGAGGAGAAGCGCCUGGACCACAUGAUGGAGGUGGAGAGGAGGAAGGCUGAGGAGAUGCAGGAGGAGCUGGAGCGCAGGAGGAAGCAGGAGCUGCUCAGAGGGAGGCAGGAGCUGGUGAGGCAGAUGGAGCAGAACGCGGAGGAGCGGGUGCUGAGGGCCGAGCAGAGGGAGCAGGAGGCACAGGAGAUGCGGCAGCACCUGGAGCGGAUGAAGCUGGAGGAUCUGAAGGACAUGGAGCGGAGGCAGGAGCAGCACAGGCAGAUCCAGGCUGAGAUCAAACGCGUCAACACCGAGAACCAGAAGCUCAAGGCAGAGCAGCAGGAGCUGGAGCGGCUGGAGGACGAGCGGGUGCUCGAGUACCAGAGGCAGAAGCUGGAGCGCGAGGCCAAGCUGGAAGCUGAGCAGGAGCAAAUCCGUGUGGAGAAGGAGAAGGAGCUGGCGCGGCUGAGGGCCAUGCAGGAGAGGGCCCAGGACCACCAGGCAGAGCGAGACGCCCUGAGAGCCAAGCGCAUCCAGGAGGCUGCGGAGCGCGAGUGGCGGCGCAAGGAGAUGGAGCUGGCGCGGCAGAAGGUGGAGGCCGAGGAGCAGCUCCGGCAGAGCCGCCGGGAGCAGAUGGCACAGCAGGAGCGAGCCAGGGCCGUGCAGGCACAGCAGGAGCGCCAUGAGUUCCAGCGGCUCCUCCGGCUGCAGCGGGAGCAGAUGGAGAAGGAGAAGGCCGAGGAGCAGCGGAAGGCAGCCGAGCGCCAGGCUCACGCCAGAGCCGUGCGGCUCCAGGUGCGGCAGCGGCAGCAGGAGCUGGCGCAGGAGCGAGCGGCUGCCUUCGAGGAGGCUCAGCGCCGGCAGGAGGAGGCUCAGCGCCGCAGCCGCAGCAUCGCCCGCUUCAAGCAGCAGAAGCUGCAGGAGCUCAGAGACUCUGGUGUGCCCGAGAAGUUCUGUGCCCAAGUGCAGCUCAGGGACCAGCACCGAACCAUCGUCGCCUCAGGCCGGGCCCGGCGCGGCGUGGGGCCAGGCUCCACCAGGGCACUGAUGCUUUCUUAGGCUGUUUCCUACCAAUAGAGAUGUU